CAAUCCUGUGUCCUCCCAUCACUUACAAGUUCACCCUAGACACCCUGGCUAUUUCAAGCAGAAUUAGGCCUCCGUGGAGUGCAAGCUCCAGAUGGCGAAGGACGCCCAUACUCAAAGGUGGAUGUUGACGAAGCAAGCCCGUGAUGUGCUCAAAAGUUCUCCCCUACGUCCAGUACAUGAACGUCCAGAUUUGGCUGGGCUCGCUACCUUGGGACUCUUGGAGCAGGCCCAUACUGCCGUCUUUAAGUUCGUUGAUGAUUACCUCAGAGUCUCUGCGUGGAAUUCCCAAGCCUUCUCUAGUCUAGGUGAGAAGGAGACGAUGAUCUUGAAGCUGCAAGAGAAAGUCCGGGCUGCACAGGAGAACAAUGCCCACAUCUUGGAGCUGACAGAGGAGUCGUCCAAGCAGCAAGCCACCAUCUCCAGACUAACUGCACAGGCUAUCAUAUCCCAUGCCGAAAGUAUGUACGACAUGCAGUCUUCUGUAAGGAUUACCCCACCUUUGGAUGAAAGGUUCCACAAAAUCUUGAAUGAUCUUGCCUCACUUAACCGCGUUCUCUCUCCCAAAGAAAAGAAUGUAAGGUUGCUGAGAUCACUCCCAACUGAGUGGUACACCAAAGCCACAGCCAUGGAAGAAGGAAGAAACCUGGAGAACUACACUGUCCAAGGUCUCCUUGAUGAGCUCAGAACCUAUGAGCAUGAGCUGAUGAAGAAGAAGGAAGAACAAGUCAUUCCCUUCCCCACGGCAUUGAUAACAACUCCCAGAGUCCCACCGAGUGAAGGGACAUGCCCAAGGAACUGUGACACACCUUCCUCCAGCCAGCCGUCAAGCUCAAGAAUGGAGAACUAUGAUGAGGAAUUUGCCAUGAUGGUCAAACAAUUCCGGAAGUUCAAGAAGUUCUUCAAGAAAGCUGACUCAGUCAGAAGGCCAUCCAAGGGAAAGCCACAGGUAAGUGACUCCCCUCCGGAAUCUUAUUUAUGUUAUAACUACAAGAAACCUGGUCAUUGGAAGUCAGCGUGCCCGUACCCAAAGGUGGAGAAGUACGGAGAAAGAGAAAGAAAUAAAAAGAAGAAGAAAGCAAUGGUUGCAGCUGAAAAUGACGAGUCAUCCAGCUCAAGCUCGGAUGAAGAAGCCCUCGUCUGCAUGGAGCGCAGAGCUGAGAAGUCCAACCAUGAGGAUCAGUGGACUAUGUCAGAAGAUGACACUCUCUGCCAUAUGGCCAAAGAUGAUGCCGAACAAGAGGAAGCCGCUAAGUACCCAGGUGUCUGGUACUUAGAGAGUGGCUGUUCAAGACACAUGACGGGUGAUGCGAGCCUCUUGAGCAAUCUAAUUCCCUAUGAUGGUCCAAGAGUUACUUUUGGAGGAAGCAAUGACUUUGGCCUCACUAAAGGGCUAGGAAAUCUGGUGUACCAAGGACUAACCAUCCAAGCUGUAUCUUAUGUGGAAGGUCUCAAUUGUAACCUUAUGAGCAUAAGUCAGUUUUGUGAUAAAGGUUACUCCUUGGAAUUCUGCAAGGACAUGGCAUCUCUCAAAAACAUCUCCACAAAUGAAGUCAUUCUCACUGGGAAGAGAAUCAGAAACAUCUAUGAAGUAAUGUGGGACGAUGUCAAGGAAGCCUGCCUAAUCAGCAAAGACAAGGAUGAAGAAGCCAACGAAGGAGAUAGCAUGAAACCUACGGAGUUCAUUCCAUUCAGAAGUCUACGACUGAAGACUUCACAAAGAAAUCCAGAUUCAGACGGUGCUGAGCUUACUGGAAAUCAUGGCCAGCCUUCCAUUAUUCCGGAUCACUCAAACGACGAGAAUUCCGGAAAUGGUGACCCAGUGCCAAUCCAUCCGGAAUCACCAACAAACUCCGUUCUUCAACCAGAAGCUGAACUAGAUCAACCAGUUAACCCUAAUCAACACAAUCUCCGUUUGUUAAGGGAUCAUCCUCCCCAACAACUCUACAUCGAUGGUCAACCUAAGCCAAAAGAAAAUGCCUUUGACAGAAAGUUUUUGGACAGUGCUGUUGACCCAGCAACAGCGAUGUCAAGGCCAUCUUUCAUCCUUCAAGCUCCCUCCGUGAUCAAUGCUAUGGAACUGAAUGUUUCUGGGAAAAACAAAUUCAACAACCUUCUUUUGGGCAACGUUUGCGAAGCCGGUCCUCAAGAAGUUGGUGCAGAAGGAAAAAGUGUUCAGAACGAGAUUUUAAGCAGGAUAGCAUCGACGGACCAGGGCGGCUCAGCAGGCGGCCUGGCUGGCGGCAGCCUGCCUGGCCGCCGGUCGGAAAGCGGCAGCGAUUAUCAGAAGGCAACAGCGGCGAGAGAUCCAGGGAGGAGGAGCGCUGGCGGGCUGGCAGGCGACCGCCUGUCUGCCCGCCUAUUGACGGCGACCUGGAAUCCGGCAGAUUCUGGAAAAAUCUUCAGCGGCGCCGGCGGGUUGGCCGGCGACCGCCGGUCUGCCCGCCUAGUUGUCUUCUCCAGCCUAUAAAACCCCUGCGGCUUCUUUCCUCUCAAGCAGCGAUCUCCUUGGUUUUUUUUCCCUUUUGGGGUAAAAAUAUUUCCAUUUUUAAUUUCAAUAUUGUUCUAAAUUUGAGUGGGUUAAAUUUCAUCAUUCCAAAUUAAUUAUCAAGUCCUUGAAGCAUUGUAAGUUUUACUCUACUUUUUUAUUGUACUCUUUAUUGAACUUUUUAUCAAUUAAAUUUUACUUUGUUGA